GGCAAAAGCAGUUUCAUGAAGACAGAGAGAAAGGUGCGAUAUGCAAUAUGAUACCUUCUCCCUGUCCUCACCUCCGUCCCAAAACGGGGGAAGGGCAGUGCCCAGCACUGACAACUGCAUUGCCUCAAACUCAGCUCCCAGCCAGUGGACAGGAUAGCAUGCCCGUGGCCAGAGGCCCUGAAGUCUGAAGCGGCGCCAUGGAGGGCUCUGUGCUGAGCCCCACGUCCUGGGAGAGACGCAGGGCCUGGCUCCGUCAGAGCCGGCACUGGCAGACCCAGGUCCUGGAGGAAGAGGCUGCAGCGGCCCUGCAGAAUGUCCCAGAUGCCGAGCCCUCUGGCCUGGAUGACGUUUUCCAGGAAGGAAAUCCAAUCAACAAGAUUGAAGACUGGCUGCAAGAUUGUGGAUACUCUGAAGAAGGGUUUUUUGAGGAAGCAGGACAGUCGAACUACAAUGGGUGCCCCAGCCAUGGAACCAGCUUUGAAGAUGACUUGAGCCUUGGAGCAGAGGCCACACUAUUGGCCGCCAGCAGCAAACUCUACUCCAGGAGCUUCCUGGAGACAUCCCGGCCCGGACAGCUACUAGAUCUUGGCUGCAGUUUGGCUUCCAGCAGCGUGACUGGUGGGACCAACAAGACUAGUUCAAGCAUCUCAGAGAUUCUGGACAAGGUGCAAGAAGAUGCGGAAGAUGUCCUUUUCAGCCUGGGCUUUGGUCAGGAGGACCACAAAGACACUUCUCGAAUCCCUGCUCGAUUUUUCACCACUCCCUCUCAAGCCAAAGGCAUUGAUUUCCAGCUCUUCCUGAAGUCCCAGGUGCGGAGGAUUGAGAUGGAGGACCCUUGCCUCAUGCUGGCCAGCAGGUUUAAGCAAGUGCAGACACUGGCCGUCACCGCAGAUGCCUUCUUCUGUCUCUACUCCUAUGUGUCUAAGACACCUGUCCAAAAGUUCACACCAUCCCACAUGUUCUGGAAUUGCAACCCAGCUGACAUGCCAUCCAUCAAGAUUCUGUCCCCAGAGCCUGAACCUCACUCACCCAGAGAGCGCCUCCGGAAAGCCAUCUCCAAAAUGUGCCUGUACACUUGCCCACGAGAUAGACUGUCCCCACCCGACCAUACUCCCAAAAGGAACAGUUUGGACCAGGUGGUGUGGGAGGUGAUGGACAGAGUGCGAGGAGAGAAGCUGGUCCUCCAGCAAGACUCUGGGUUUGGACCAGGCCCCCGGAGAGCUCCCAUGCCCCCUACCAAGGGCACAAAACUGCCUCCUUCUUCCUGCCCAUGCAUCCUCUGCCUUAAAGACGAAACACAGCAGGGGAUGUCCACAUGGCAAGAACCUUCAGAAACUCUGGGUUCUGACCUCAGGAUACCAUGUUGCUCACAUCCUCUGCCCAGAGCAGAUCUGCAGUGGAGCACAGACCCUGUGCAGGAUCAGAAAGAGCUAUGGGGGCUGCAGGCCAGCAGUAAGGAGGCCCACUCGGUCCAGGAUGGUGCCUUCUGGACAAGAAAGAGCAGAGCACGAAGGAGUCUGUUUCAGAAGAAUCCCAUGGGCAAGAAGGUUAGCUCACUGGACCUGUCCAUCGUCCAGCAGAAAUGGAAACAGAGUCCAGAGGGAACAGAAAUGCACCGAUCCCUAACUGAGCAGUGGCAGGACGCUUUGGACUCGGAGGUGCAAAGCAACAGUGAGGAGGAGGACAGCCACUGGCCCAGCAGACCUGGACAUCACCACCUCUACCAGACUUUUGCUGGCGAAGACUCCAGAAGCUUUCACCACCACCACAACCACAACACAUGCUCUGACAGCAGGGAGUUCACAGAAGAGCCUAAUUCCCACCUCUUCUCACAGGAGGCUCUACAGCCUCCAACAUCCAGCUCCUGCUCCCUGGCCCUGCAAACUCCUGACCUCAAUAAGAGAAAAGCAAGAUGGUACACCAGACAGAAGACCAGAGUGAGAGACUUGGAAUCUCCAUCCUGAUGCUGUCAUGAAGAGUAUGCACAGAGAUAGACCUUAAACAGUCACUUCAUUUCUCUGCACUUUGGUUUUUCUAUGUGGGUAUUAGCAUACAUGAUAUAUAUGACAUGGACAGUGGUAACCUAGACAAAGAAUUUUCUCUCAAGCUUCGACACUGCCUAGGGAAGUUAGUAGAUUGAAGGAUAAUCAAAUUCGAGAAACAAGGGUGCUACUGGAAUACUCUCAAAAGGCUCAAGCUAAAUGAGGAAAGACAAUUCCCACUUUCAGGCUCUGAAACCUUGGUGCAAUCUACAGUGGGAUUCCCUCAGAGCCUCUACUCAUCCCUCUGUGCUCCCAAUUAAAUUCCAGGAAGUCUUCCACCAUA